GAACGAAAAGUCCUCAACAAGUACUUCCCACCAGACUUUGAUCCUAGUAAAAUUCCUAGACGAAAGGUUGUCAAGGAGGAACAGCAAAAAGUCCGGUUGAUGGCACCGUUUUCCAUGCAAUGCUCUUCAUGUGGUGAUUACAUUUACAAAGGCAAGAAAUUCAAUGCCCGAAAAGAGCGCUCAAUGGGAGAAAAGUAUUUAAAUAUACAGAUUUAUCGGUUUUAUAUCCGAUGCCCCAAAUGUGCAGCCGAGAUUACAUUCAAGACAGAUCCUCGCAACUCCGACUAUGUUGCAGAGCAUGGUGCAGUCAGAAACUUUGAACCGUGGCGAGAUCAAUCGUCUGUUCAAGACGCUUUAGAGUCUGAGCGUGCCAAUGAAGAGGAAAAUAAUCCCAUGCGUGCAUUAGAAAACCGUACAAUGGAUAGUAAACGAGAAAUGGACAUCCUUGAUGCCCUGGAUGAAAUCCGAACUAAGAAUGCACAUCUUGAACGUGUCAGGUCAACUAAUCAAGGAGAUAUACCAGUUGAUCAUGCUGAAGAAAUGGCUAAAAAAUUAGAAGAGCUUCAAGAUGAGGAGGAUUCCAAAUUGGCUGCAGCCAUUUUUCAAACGGUGGACGGCGAAGUUGUGCGAAGGAUUGACGAUGAUGCUGAUUUGCAUAGUCUGAUUGCAAAAUCAAAUGUG